UUUCGUUGUCGCGGUGGGAAAAAUACACCGACUUCCUCUUUCACUCAUCGAACACCAUCAAACCCCAUCAACUCAAACAACGCGAUCGACCGGACUUCCGCGCUCUCGGGUUCAGAAUAUGGCGAUCAAACUCGCCGGAGCGGCCACAUUGCUCGUGUUCCUCCUCCUCCACCGCCUGAGCGGGUCGACGGUGUCCGGAGUGGAGAUCCUCUCCAAAUCGAAGCUCGACAAGUGCCAGAAGACCUCCGCCUCCGACGACAACCUCAACUGCACUAAGAAGAUCGUGCUGGACUUGGCCGUUCCCAGUGGUUCCAGUGGAGGGGACGCCUCGCUCGUUGCAGAAGUAGUAGAGGUCGAAGAGAACUCGACAAGCAAGAUGCAAACUUUGCGAAUCCCCCCUGUGCUGACGGUCAACAAGUCUGCCGCAUAUGCUCUCUACGAGCUUACGUAUAUAAGGGAUGUUCCAUACAAACCACAAGAAUAUUUUGUGAAGACACGCAAAUGUGAGCCAGAUGCCGAUUCAAAAGUUGUCAAAAUAUGUGAGAGGUUGCGGGAUGCCGAUGGUCAUAUUAUUGAGCAUACUCAGCCAAUCUGUUGCCCUUGCGGGCCCCAGCGGCGCGUUCCAUCAUCGUGCGGAAAUGUCUUUGACAAAAUGCUUAAAGGAAAGGCUAAUACUGCUCAUUGCCUCAGAUUUCCCGGUGACUGGUUCCAUGUUUUUGGUAUUGGACAACGAUCAAUAGGAUUCAGUGUCCGAAUUGAAGUGAAAACAGGAACAAAAAUUUCGGAGGUAGUUGUAGGUCCCGAAAACAGAAGUGCUAUAUCCGGCGAUAACUUUUUAAGGGUGAACCUCAUUGGAGAUUUUGUUGGGUACACAAAUAUUCCGUCAUUUGAGGACUUUUACCUGGUCAUUCCAAGGCAGAGUGGACCUGGUCAGCCUCAGAAUUUAGGGACAAAUUUUUCUAUGUGGAUGCUGCUUGAGAGGGUCAGAUUUACCUUGGAUGGCAUUGAAUGCAACAAGAUCGGCAUCACUUAUGAGGCUUUCAAUGGACAACCAAAUUUUUGCGCCUCACCUUUUGGAAGUUGCUUGCAUAAUCAACUGUGGAAUUUCUGGGAUGCUGACCAAAAUCGAGUCGGGAGGAAUCAGCUGCCGCUGUAUGGCGUUGAAGGAAGAUUUGAAAGGAUAAAUCAGCAUCCAAAUGCAGGGAGUCAUUCUUUCUCCAUAGGAGUCACUGAAGUUCUCAACACAAACCUUUUGAUAGAAUUAAGAGCUGAUGACAUUGAAUAUGUGUAUCAGAGGAGCCCUGGCAAAAUUUUAAGUGUUACUGUUCCGACAUUUGAAGCCUUGACUCAAUUUGGAGUCGCUACAAUCACAACAAAGAAUACCGGUGAACUUGAAGCCUCAUACAGCUUAACGUUUGAUUGCAAUAGUGGUGUCACCCUCACAGAGGAACAAUUUUUCAUCAUGAAGCCAAGUGAAAUUUUGACUAGGUCAUUUAAGUUGUACCCGACAACAGAUCAGGCAGCAAAAUAUGUAUGUGCAGCUAUUCUUAAGGAUUCUGAUUUCACUGAGGUUGAUCGAGCAGAAUGCCAAUUUAGUACUACAGCCACUGUCCUUGACAAUGGAUCCCAGAUUACACCUUUUCAAUUACCAAAGACAGGUAUGAGUGGGUUUUUUGAUUCCAUCAAGGGCAUUUGGAGCAAAUUAUGGGCAGGUGUAAUCGAUUUCAUCACUGGAAAAAGUUGCAGGAGGGAAUGCUCAGGUUUUUUCGACUUCAGAUGCCACAUACAGUAUAUAUGCAUGAGCUGGGUCUUGAUGUUUGGUCUACUGUUAGCGACGAUUCCUACAGUUCUUGUGUUGCUCUGGCUGCUGCAUCAAAAGGGACUCUUCGACGCCCUUUAUGAUUGGUGGGAAGAUCAUUUUCAAGAUGAAAGUCAGAUCAUCCCAGGUGCUCAAAGACAUAAAAUUGCUGCUAAACAUACCCAUAUGCACCAUAGGAAGCACCAUAACAAGGAGGUGACGCACCCCAAGCAUAAUCCUUCCCACAAACGAAGUGUCCAUCACUAUCAUGAACACAGGCAUCCAAAUAGGGAGCCUGAGUAUUAUUACUAUCUUCACCAUGUUCACAAGGAUAAUUUCAAGCAUGGUCAUGGAAAGAAUUUAGGUAUUGCACGGGAGGUUGCUUUGGAUAGGUUAGAGGAUGACAGAACUGGACACAGAAAGCAUAGAAAGGAAAGAGGGUCUUCUGGCGGAUCCUCUGAAGUGAGACAACAUGCAGACAACCGACAUCAUGAACACAAUAGAUAUAGCCAUGGUCUACAGGAACUGACAUGGUUGAGCCGGCAUCUCAAGAGAAGAGAAUGAUGUGACAGAUAUUUAGCGCUGACUCUGGAGUCUUUUCAAGCUCGCUCAGAGAGAUGGCUCUGUUUUGAUUGAUUCACUUGCUAGUU